GCAUAGCGUAUGUGUAUUCCCUAAGGAUCUAUGGUCUAAGAUAUAAACUAAGACACUCUGACCAAGCCAGUCUCUCUAGAGCUUUCAACUCUUUCCCCUCUUCCCUAUAUAGUCUACUCCACCGCUCUGAUGUCUACCUGUUUCUAAUACACCCCUGUUCCACUCCAUUUCACCUCUCCAUCCCCAGAAACAUUUAGCUUUUAGCGUCUUGGCCUUUCCCACCAUUGCUCCCCUUUUCCACUCAUCUGAACUCUUUCCCCAUCCGGGCCAUCCCUCCCAUUCCGUUUUCUACUUGUAUUCUCGUGUCAUUCCCAAGAAAGAAUAGGGGAAUGCAGAUCCCGCUCGUCGAUCUUCCCACACGUGAAACUCUUUAUCCGUCUUCUGCACAUAUACUGUAUUCUCAAUAUUAGGCUUGAAGUUUUGACAAUUUCGAUGUGAGAAGUCACGCUCAACUGCUCAUUUCACUUUGUAGAGAGAACAGGUAGUCGAUUAUCGUAAUGCGUUCUGAGGUGGUGCGGUGCGUGUGUAUGAAUGAAUGAUGUAUUGUGUAAUCGAAUUUUAUCCGGGGACGAAUAGAUAUCAAACUUCCAGAUAGUUACAGAGGAUUUGAGUAGUGAGUGGCAUGGGAAGCUCUCUGUAAAUAGCAAUCAUGAAAAAAAAAAAGGUAUCGAACCACUGUGGAGACAUAGCACAACCACUUAAACUACUCGUGAAUCGAUUCAGUCGUGGAAGGAGAUGGGGAAGAGUGAAAAUCAAAGAAAAUGCCAUUCAAGAGUCACACAUUAUCUUGUAACAAAUGUCAAUUCAGUCAAUAAGACCAAUUACUCUUACCUUUCCCCCGCGCCCAAGCUUCAGGUCUCAGUUCCCAAACCAUAAACCUCCGCAUCCGCCGUUACCUGGCUUACCUCCUGAGAUAUUCAUUCACGAAUUUAGGAAUCCUUUUCAUAUUCGGCCAUAUGGCUCCUGGAUCCUACGUGCCUCUUCGCGUAUGUAUCUGUCCCGUGCUUUGUUCCAUUCACAUAUGUACUUCGCCCUCGUCCAUUCGGAAGCGGAAAGCAGAAGAGAGAGGACGUAAACAUGCCGAUGCUUGUCACAAUGGUGCUCAAAACAAUCGAUCCAAGUAUUGUACGGGUUGUUCUGGUUCCAAUUGAUAGUUGGUCAGAUCUCAAUUAAGAAAUGAGAGAAUAAUGAAGCUUAUUCGAUAUCAUUUAUUGUGGUUACAUGAGUAUCAAAGUGGUGAAUGAUUUGAAUAAUGACUUAGCCGAUAAAAGUAAGGGUGGGGUGCGAACCGCCAUUAAGAUGCCUUGUCAUCUUUUGUGCGUUGUUGCGCUCGAGUAGAAUUGGACCACUUGGUUUCUGAGCGAUACGUGUAUAAAUUUUAUGUGUUUUUACCAGAUAAAAUGGGACGUUCGUCAAGUAGUUGUGGAAAUAAAUACAAAGUAUUGUCUCUUCGAUUCCAAACUUUUGAAAUCCGGAUGAUUCCUACGGUGCAGAUCAUGAAUUCCUGAAAGGCAUUCCGCAAAUGUAGCAAUUACCCCCGAACAAUUUAACGAAGUCAUUCGAUCAAAUUCCCAAUAUCAUUGAAGUCUUUUUGAAAUCGCUCGCUAUCAAGAUGUGUGUAGAGCAAGAAGUUCGUUGUACAGGAUGCAAUGAAUCAAGCACCAGCGUUUACAUCUGUUCGAAGCUCAAGAGAUGGCAAAGAAACCACAAGAAGAUUGUCAGUCACAGACGAUGUGGAGAAUUCAGUAUAUCUCGACCAAGAAAACAAACAAGUUUGGCUCACAUGGAUUGCCCCAUUGUAAGUAAAAAUCUACAAGCUGUCUGUCUGACGACAUGCGAAUGAGCGAGAGUAGCAAUACUGUUGCUUUCCAUCAUCAAGUUCGACAAAAUGCUUACUUUGAAACCUGGUAGCGAUCCGAACAAGAACAAGAAGAAGAGCAAAUUGAGCAUCAACAUGAUGAAGCGUUCAUGUAUGAUUACGCCUCACAAUGGUCGAGUCCAAUUCAAACAUAUCCGAUUUAUGCAAUGCCGUACCCACACUAUCCUUCAUGGUGUGUAUGAUUAGGGGACGGUGUUGCGAGAAACAUUCAUUCUAAUGAGUCGCUGUUGCAAGAGCAGAGGGUUGGAUGAAUGAGAUGAAUUAUAGUAGCAAGGCUCGGGAGAUGUGGGAAGAUUUCAUUGGAGACUGUAGGAGGUACUGGAGCUGAGUGGAGGUAUUCUUUUGGAGAGUUGGCCUUUCUACCGACCCGACUCGCCACCGUAGACUUCACGAUCAUCAACCUGGACUCAGCCCUAACACGUGCUAAGAUGAGCCACAUGAGCCACAUGAGCCACACGGGCGACCCUUUACUUCAUGCACACCCAUGCCACCACUCAUCAAAUUUAAAGAUUUCUUCUCUCGAUUCUCCAGUUUCAGUUGUCGACCCAAGGUGCCAAGGUUGAUCCAGGGCUGAUCCAGGACUGAUCCAGGGCUGAUCCAUUUCCUUCUUCAUCUCCAUCCUGCUUUCCAACCGCCAAUCGAAUGAUUUUGUGAAGAUUAGCCCAACUUAAAAUGGUGGAGAUACUUCACAUUUUCCAUGUAAUAUCCUACAGUGCUGGGUAUAUAUCCAUUUUUGACAUAAUUUAUUGCAUUAGCGUGAGCUUUAUUCAGGACUGUGCCGUGUGUGCCACUCAAACCGGCAACGUUUGGCUUCUUCGAUUGAUCCGAGGUCUGGGUAGCAACUUAGCAAAAAGAACAAGUUGGGUAGGUGGACUCGGUGGGAGGGUGGCUCGGUGGAUAGCUGGGAGGGAACUGGGAACUGGGGACUGGGAGCUGGGAGCUGGGAGCUGGGAGCUGAUAGAUAAUGCUAGCGUCCUUUCGCUCCGUUCUUCCCUCUCUCUCUCUCUCUGCCACUCUACCAUACAGACUCCAACCUAACCUGUCUUUUCUUUGAGAAAUCUUUUUCCCAGCUUCGAUUUGGAAAAUUAGGAUCCAUCGGUGUGAAGGGCAUCCAGCAACACAACAAAUAUCAUCGGAGCCAACUCCCGGAACUUCAUUAAACAUUUCAUCUACGUGCAAUCAAACUUCACGAAGGAUCAAUCUACAAGCCACAAUCAUUAUCAAACACGAUUCAGAAAUCUCGGCGAAUGCUUGAAAUAGUCGUUGUGCAUUCCACGAGAUCAAGUUAUUGGUGAGCCUUAGCUGAAAAGAGACGACAUCAUACCGCACAUCAUACAUCAUACAUUCCACGCCUACACGCGCCUCCACAGCCCUUUGUGCAGCCCCUUUCAAUCUUUCAACUCAAUUGACCAAACAACGUCUGACAAUGUCCGGAUAUAAUAACACACCUCCACCGACCUAUCAAGAUGGGAUUUCUCCCCUUACAUCACCUCAAAACACCGGUUCAGCCAGUCAUAACCCUAUGUCCAUUUCUCCACAAGUAACCGGUAUCACCAACACAUCUACUUCAAAUAUCGAACAACAACCACAUCCUAAUAUACCUCCACAAAUACAUCAAACUCAACAGAACAUCAAACCGGAGGCUUAUCAAGGAAUCGAAGUCGUCGAAUCUAACCAAGGUAUCGAAGCCGUCAAUCAUAAUCAAAAUACAAUGGCAUCACAACAAAUCCCACCUCAGCAAGAGGGUUUCACAAAUGAGAAGAGUCAAUAUCAAACUCCACCUCCUCAAGGUCAAUACCCUCAUCAAGAACAUUAUCCAGUCCAACCUCCGCCCCAAGCAAAUAUCAACCAAGGAAGGAAUGCCUUUCCCACUGCUAUGCCUAUCCGUGCACUCCAAGCCGGCCCUGCUCCUGUAGACUGCCCUGUUUGCGGUGUCAGAGGGGUAACAGCUGUUGAAAAUCACAGUGGAAUGACUACACAUCUUAUCGCGCUUCUUUGCUGCGCAGUCACCUGUUUAGGAUGUAUACCCUAUCUUGUCUCCGGUCUCAAGGACGUUGAUCAUAAAUGCGGGCAUUGUGGUGCAUUAUUGGCGGUUUGGCACAGGAGUGGUAGAACGGAUGUCAAAGUACCUGGUGUCUAAAAACCUCUGCAUUUACAUCCUCCAUCUGCCUUUGUUUUGGGAAUGGAGUAUCACUUGUACUAUAGAACUUUGCAUGGGGGAAAAUAAGUCAAGGAAGCUGAUGGGUAUGGGAUUUCUUUCAAUAAUACGGAAUGGGACAUUGGAGUAGUACUUUUGAUGGUCUUUUCCGUUGUGGGAUGUGGGGAUGAUACCCUCUUUUCGUCUUGCCAUUUUGCCUUAUCAUUUUAAUCAUUUGAGAAUAUAACGAGUUUAAAUUUCCCAUGGACUUACAUGCUUCAUAAUGCUUCAGGAAGUCUAGAUUGAAAAUGGACA